AUGUCUCUAUCUCCAAAAAGUAGCAAUCGUGUCCCAUCCCCCGGUCAUGGCAAGCCCCUGCCCAUCUUCGACGCCCUUUGCCGUUUCCUCCCCGUCGGGACCGAGGACGAGCAGUUCUGGUGGAAACUGACUGGCCGACAACUCGCGGGGAUGAUGCACGAGGCAGGCUAUCCCGAGCAUCGCCAGGUGGAAUGUCUUCUCUUCCAUCGUUUCAAGAUCGUCCCAACAUUUGGUCCCCAGCCACACUCAGCCGAACCGUGGUACAGGAGCCGCGUGGCCGCGAGCGCAGGAGACGGCGCUCCUAUCAGCUACAGCUGGCGCUUUGGCACGACGGACAAAAAGCCCUAUAUCCGCAACUACAUCGAGCCUUUGGGCCCUCUGACGGGGACUGCGGCGGACCCAAACAACGAGAUGGCGACCAAAGCGCUGCUGCAGGACUUCAGCACCACUCUGCCGAAUGUGGAUAUGUCUCUGUUCUGGACGUUUGAACCACACCUCUGUUCGCGGUUCGCCGACAAGGCAGAGCGUGAGAAAUACGCGGGUCCAUCGGUGCUCACAGGUGUGGAAAUGUCGCCCGAUUCAAACGCCAUCGAUAUCAAGAUGUAUCUGUAUCCCCGGAUCCCGGAGCAAAUCGGCCAGCUCCUCAGCACCAUCCUACCCCAAGCGAUGCGUGAGGCCUACGGCGAGGACGUCUGCCUGGACAGUCUGAACGUCGUGAAAGACUUCCUUACCAACCACCCAGAUGGACAGCAGCUCACUCCUCGAGGAACCACCGCCAUCGACUGCUGCAAGGUCGAAGACUCCCGUUUAAAAUUCUACGUCGCAACCCGCAACACCUCCUUCGAUCACAUCGCGGCCGUGAUGACCCUGGGCGGCCUUCGGCCCUUGUCCACUACGGUCCUCGACAAGCUGCGCGAACUAUGGUACGAGCUGAACGGGCUGGCGUCGGAUUUCCCCACGUCAGAGCCGGUACCUCCAUCGGUGCAGGCGGAUGAGAGCGCAGUGAGCCAUAACGGGGUAGGCUUCUACUACGAUAUCCAGCCACGACUUGCACUUCCAGACGUCAAGAUUUUCAUUGAUGUGCGCAAGCAUACCAAGAGUGAUAUGGCUGCCGCGGAAACGGUGGUUAGCUUCCUGGAGCGUUAUGGCCAAGGACAUAAUCCUAGGGCGUAUCUGAAUGUCCUGCGGGAUAUUGUGCCGGCCGAGGAGCUGGAGACUCGCACGGGGGCUCAGGCGUUCUACUCGGUUGCGGUUAAGAAGGAGGAGUUCGAUAUCACUGCGUACUUUAUCCCUCAAGUUUAUCGACGGUUUGCUUCUGUUCAGCUGGAGUUGAAUGGACAGCGACGGAGUAGGUUUGAGUAA